UGGAUGUUCUGCUCUGCAUUUUACGAUAGCUUCAGCUUGUCAUGACGCUGAUAAAUGAGUGUUUAUGUGCCAAUAGUCAUUAUUCUAAACUUCUAACUGUGUUUUGAUAGUAAAUUUCAAACUUUUAACAUGACUUCAAGAAGAUGGUUCCAUCCAAACGUUACGGGCGUGGAGGCCGAAGUGCUUCUCAUGGAACGGGGCUUCGACGGCUCGUUUCUGGCCCGGCCGAGUCGAAGCAAUCCUGGCGACUUCACUUUGACUGUCAGGCGCAACGGUUCGGUGACGCAUAUCAAGAUCCAGAGCACCGGAGACCUGUACGACCUGUAUGGCGGCGAGAAGUUCGCCACUCUGUCAGAGCUGGUGCAGUACUACAUGGAGAACCAGGGACAGCUGCGCGAGAAGAACGGCGAAGUUAUCGAGCUCAAGUUCCCGCUCAACUCGGCCGACACCACUACUGACAGGACCAGUGUGGAUGUCAGACCUUGAAACUGAAAUUAAUUGCCAUGUGAACAGAAGAAUUUCAACUACUCAAGCACUAUCCAUAAUAAUGAAGAGGAGUAGAGCAAUCUCUGGCAUAGCUCCAAUGCUACACGUUCUCCCUUGAAUUAUGUGUUUGAGCUUUGAUCCUCAGAAAGUUGUGUUUCUGUAUUUAUCUACUCAAUACUGUGAGUUGAGUUUAAAAGAGGGCCGACUGCGCCCUAACUUGGGAAAAAUAAAGGCAGUCAAUCUAUUCUA